AAGCAGUAUUUUGGAAAACGCUUUGCCACCACAGUUAACACAACGAUAACGAAAGCACAAGAGCAGGUCAUCUCCCAUGUGGAGCCUUCGCACAAACAAGCAAACUGGGUAUGCUGUCCUGAAAUUUUGAACAUUUACCCAACUGUCUAUCCAGUGUGCAACAACAAAGACUGUCACAAGAAAAUUAGUGAAAACCCUGGGUCCAAGAUUGUUCGUUGUCUACACUGUAACAGAGCAAUGCUUCUGAAGAACUGCUAUAUUGAAAUGAACGUUAACUUUCAUCUAGAAAAACAGGACAAGCACUUUUCAGUGACAGCAUUUCCAAAGAUUGUGGGGAACUUCCUCCAAGAAGACAUCUUGCAGUACAAAGACAACAUUGACGAUCUAACUGAGAAAUUGCUGUUGCUCGAAAAUGUAGAUUUUGAGCUUUCUCAGAACAACAAACUUGUUAUAAGUAUGAAAGCCCAUGCCUCAACUUCACAGGAAAAGUGA